UUAUUUUCCAAACCAAUUCCUUCACUCAAUUGUCCACUUUCCACCCGAACUCGUUUUAUUUACAAUUGAUACGGUGAUUGGCGUUAUUUGUUAGUCUUUCUCCAAUCUUUCCCCGCCGGGUUUAGUACUAUAAGAACCGGUCUCGCCUUUCCGUCCUCCCUCCACCUCCCCGUCCAACCACUACACCUCGACGCGCCAAUUGAACGUCUAAUCCUCCCCCUCUCUUGUAUGUACUUGCUGGAAGAGAAAAGAAAUGAAUCCGGUUCAAAUCCACCCCAGCCCCAUCAAAGACGGCCGACGAGUGCUCGGCGAGAAACCCGCCAACGCGUGUCUGUCGCCUGCGCGCAAUCGGAUCAUCGACACAGCUAUAUCGCCCGUCAAACCACCUCUCUCUGACCAGAGAUACCCCUCCUCAUCACCGAAGAAGCUCCUCCCAUCGCCACCUUUUGGUCUUGCAGGCCGGAAACGCACCAUCGACCAGGUUGAUCCGGUUCCGGUAAACAGAGGCAGUUUGCAUGUUCGGGAAGAGGAAGAGACGCGGUCUGCUGGAGUUGAUGCUGCUAGGUCAAACCAGAAGGAAACGGAACUUGAACCUGAACCCCCGCACGCGAUGGAUACGUCAAGGUCGCAGGAACGAAAGCAAACAUCACCAAUUGAAUCCCGGCAGGAUGUUUCUUCAACGGACGUGUCGAAUAAUCCAACGCGAACAAUCCCGGAGGACCCAGAGACGCGCAAGGUGUUUAUCCAAGAGAAAGCAAAUCUCCUCCGCAUCAGAAUCCAAAGCGCCAUGCGUCACGUCAGAGAUCACCAAUUCGAUCGCCGGUUGUCAGAGCUAGAAGCCCACAGUCGCAAAUACCCUCGAUUAUCGAAAACACCUCAGCAAACCCGUACCCUACCAAGAACCACUUCAAAUGUCACCAACACUGCAUCGCAUCUCCCCGAAACCGAAAUUGAAGAAACCGCUCCGCGAGCCCUUCAACCUGCUCCCGAAUUAAAAGCACGCGUCGAAGAUGCCCCCACAUCAAACAACAACAAAGAUGAAAACGCGGGCUUAUCCUCUCCACCCCUAUCCACAAACAAUACAACCAAUGAUCCCAUGAGGACCCCAACUCAACAGACAUACCAACAUGACCAUUCGGGUGCACCAGAGUCACCAAUACAGCUGAGUAGCCCGCCCGCUAGUAUCUCGCGCGACAGAGCCGACCGGCGCGAGAGGGACAGAGAUAACCAUGACACUGAAGAUGUCACAAGGACGCCAUCACAACAAGGUGAUGCUGUGGACGGACUGCUUAAGCUCAUGAAUACUGCUGAAAGACACGAGCAUUCGGCUUAAGAUAAUUGAUUCAUGCCUCAUGCCUCUUUUUUUGGGGUGGGGAGGAUUAUUGCAUAUACCCUUGUUAUUGGUAUUAUUAUUGAUAUAGAAGCUGGAAAGACAGAAAAAAGCGUUGCGUUGACUGAAUGCAUACAUGUUGAUCUUGCAUACAUACUGGCUCAAGUUUUGUCUGUACAAUGCUUAGCAGGAGUCAUGAUGGAUGAUACCAUAAUCAGUGGGAACUGUAUAUUAUAGGAGCCAGGAGUAUAGACGGUUACAAUUUUGUAUAUCGAAUCAAUCGAAUCGAUUGAAAUAGAUUAUAAACUGACCAAUAAGAUCACAUCUAACUGUACAAUAGCAACAGCAAUAUACACAUCA